AUGUUUCUGAUCUCAAAAAUUGUACGUGGUCGGCGUCUCCUCCAUGAACUGGAGGCAGCUCAGGCAGCCCAGAAAGCUAAAAAUGAGAAGGAGGGUGGGACGAGAGAUUCUACAGAAAAAAGUACACAAUCAGAAACAUAUGAUACUUCCUCUGACAACGAUAAUACUCUUAAACUUAGAAGACCAUCGAAAAAUUCUGGAGAUAUCACAAGAAUACGUUCCUCAAAAAAAAGUAAAUCCAAAAAUAUGUCUACAGUUGUUGUAAAUGUUUCCAAAAAUGACAAUUCUGUUAAAAAACCAAAUAAUCGUCAAAAAUUAUCAAUUCCUCAAGAAGUUACUUUAAAUAAGUCUAAAAGUCGUUUCUCAAUAAAAGAUAAAAUUAAUGUGUCUAAAAAGAGAAAAAAUACCACUAUUGGUGUGGUAAUAACUAAUGAAUGCGGUGUUGAAAAAAAAAAUGGUCGUUCUGUUGAUGGAGGAAUGGAAAAUAAUAAUCUUGCAUUAAGAAGAACCUCAUCAAUGCCGAGUGUCUGUGAUGAUGUGACAUAUUUUAAAGUAACACAUUAUAAUUAUGAUACAAAAUUAAAUAGACUUCAAAAAAGAUCAUUACGUUUUACAUGGCAUAGACUUCAAACAAAAAAUGGAGGAAAACGUGUAGAGAAUGUAUUUGAAGAAGUAUUUGAUAGACUUAUAAAAAUAAUUCCAACAAUUAAAGAUAUGUUUACAACUAGAGCAUUCCUUUCUGUUAUGUCACGAAAUGAAUGUUCUACACUUCGUGAUCAUGCAAGAGUUACUGUAAAAAUGAUUGAUGUUGUAAUUAAAAACCUUGAUCUUGAAGAUAGUAAAAGAACUGAUACAGGUUCAGCUUGUGAUCCAAGAAGAGUUGGUGCUGCACAUGCACCUUUUAGACCAUAUGGUAUAACUGGACAUUAUUGGGAAAAAUUUGGUGAAAUGAUAAUAGAUGUUGUAUUAACUCAAGAAGCUGUACGUGAUUUACCAGGUGCCGGUCAGGCAUGGGUUGUCUUAGCAGCAUGUUUAGUAGAUCAAUUAAGAGCAGGCUUUGAACAAAAAUGCAGUUAUUUAGCAUAUGGUAAUAAUAGUCAAAAUAAUAAUACAAAAGAACAUCAUAAAUGUUCUAUACCAAGUUACUAUGAACAAAUAGAAUGCCCAACAAAAAGUCAAAAUUUUAAUAGUCAAGAUAAUGACAAUUGUUCAUUGUCUGUAGAAUCGUCAUCUACAAAUUCAUACCAAAAUUUAUCAAAUUGUCCCGGACAUUUUACAACCCCAAAUUUAGGUAAUAGAAGAAAAAUAUUUUUUAGAGGAAUGAGUGACUCAACAGAUGAAUAUGAUUCAUUAUGUAAUUCUUCUACACGUUCAGCCAGAGGUCACCCAACUUUUGGUCAUACUUAUAGUGUAGAUAAUCGAAAAUUAACAUUGUCAGAUCUUCAGUUAUCUGAUAUACCCUCACGUAACAUUGUUUAUAAUUCAAUUGAUCCAUCAAAAGAAAUAAAAAGACCUAUGGUAAGAUCACCAAAAGGAGGUAAUCAAACAAGUAAAUCUUCUGAACGCGUAUAUGACAAUAAAAAAGGUAAUAAUUCCAAUAAGUCAAAAAUGGCAGAGGAGCUUUAUCAUCCAAUGCAAAAUUGUUUAUUAUCCAAUGAUAUUUGA